GGAAAAUCCUGUUUAGAAUAAUACCAUUUUUUCUGCUUUUUUGAUACACUCACUUUCUAUUCCAGUUUAUGUGGAAUCACCGAGAAAGCCAGAAUAUGGCGGACAAACAAGAUUUACGGAAACAAUGCGGACAGUUAUAUCAUGAAAUUGAAGAAAAAGGAUGGAAAGUAGUCAAACAAGGUGCAGAAGCCAUAACAAUCAUAACUGAAUUUUACCCUAAUGAACCAUGCAUACUAAAGUGUCGUCCUGAGAAAAGAUGGAGACAUCCAGUACUUGACCAAAAGCUUACAAGAAAAAGGUGUUUAGUAGAAGCUAGACUUUUGGCUAAAUGCCAUGCCGUAGGUGUGAAUUGUCCUUUACUUUAUUUUCUUGAGCCUAAUCGUGGCCAGAUUUUCAUGGAAUACAUUGGGGGCCCUUCUGUUCGAGAUUACAUUAAAGAGUUUGUUUCGGAAGAAGAAUACGAAACAUCUUUAGCACCGCUGAUGAAGAUUAUUGGAUCUGAAGUUGCGAAGAUGCAUAUGAAUGACAUUGUCCAUGGUGAUCUUACCACCAGCAACAUGAUGUUUCGUUCCGUUGAAACUCUUGAACCUGUAUUUAUCGAUUUUGGACUAGGAAGUGUUUCAGAAUCCGAGGAAGACAAGGCGGUCGACCUAUAUGUUUUGGAGCGUGCUAUAGCUAGCACUCUUCCGGACAGCGCUGCUCUUUUUCAUUAUGUAUUGGAAGCAUAUGCCAAUACCUGGAAGCAAUGCAAACCUACCCUUCGACGUUACGAAGAAGUUCGCCAGCGCGGUCGUAAGCGCACUAUGGUAGGAUAAAAAGAAUAUUUUAUGUAUAUUUAAUACAAAAAGUUUGUCAAAAAUAUCUUAAGUCUAUUAUAUUAGAAAGUCCUGAGAAUCAAAAAUAACCUGAAUAUAACCUAAAACAAUAUCAUCUUAUGAAGGAGUUGACACAGCAAGACUACACUGGUUAUAUCACAAACACUUUCCAAAA